AUGGCUCCGAAUGAUAGGAGGAAACAGAAAACUUCAUCUAAAGAAGAGUCUGUUUAUGUGAAACCAUGGCAAAAUCUUCCUGAAAAGCUAGUCAUCUUUCUCCAAAAGCAACCAACACAUUCAACUCUAGAAAAAUCCAUAGGUUCUGCUGGUAUUUCUAAAUCAUGGAGAUUUGCAUCCAAGAAAUGUGAUUCCAUCGCACAAUCACCGUGGCUUGAGCUUUCAAAUGAACCUCAAUACUAUUGCAAAACUCAGAAGCAUUCCUUCAACCUCUCAUUUGAAGAACCUGGUUGCUAUUGGUGGCAUGGUAGAAGAAGGCCGCGUUAUGAUCCUUGGAAGCAUUUUCAUUACGUCUUGCCUUCGUUGAAUAGAGAAAAUAUACCUAUUGAUUGCUGUUUUCUGAAUACUUCCAAAGGCUAUGCUCGUUGGGGUACUUCCUUAUACAAUGAUGGAAAAUCAUUUAUGUCUCCCUUUCUAAAUUAUCAUUCUCACUACUAUUCUUUUGUUGGUAGCGGAUAUUGUUGCUUUCCACGAUUUGUGGUUUAUCGGUUAGGAAAAAACGAAAAAUGGAUGCAACAAGAAAGCAGUCAAAAUGGCCUAAUUGAUCCAAAUGAUCCUAAGGGGCAACUGAUACAAUUCAGUAACGCCAUUAUCUUUGAAGGGAAGUUUUAUGCACUAAGUUUGCAGGGGACUCUGGCAAUAAUAGAAGAAAGUGACGAAUCUCAGUUUCAACUUACACGACUAAGUAGAAAACAAGCCAUUCCUUCGAGCUACUCAAAGCAUUUCAUAGAGUGCUUUCUUGAGUCUAAUGGGGAAAUCUUGCUCAUUUUCCUAAUUUCAGAAAGAUCAAACAAGAUGGUGGACAAAGUAGAAGUGUUUAAGCUGCAGAUUGAAGAUUUGUCAUGGUUAAAGCUGGAAAAUCUCGGAGACAGAACGCUAUUUGCGGGGAUUAAUUGCUCCGCUUCAGUUGCUGCAAGUCAAGUUGGCUGCAGAAAUAACUGUGUCUAUUUUACUCAUAAGGGAAUUGAUGGUUGGAGACAGUAUGAUAUGAGAAGUGGUUGCAUUUUGCCCUGUUAUGAUAAUGCUGGUUCUGAGAUAAAAACUCCAGUGUGGGAGGAUUUAGAAACUAAAAAAUGCAUCAAUCCUUCUGAUGCUAAUCGUUCUAUCAAUGUCACUGGAGACGCCUAUAUAUCGAACCAAGGCAUCCAAGUCACCCCUGAUGAACGUAACGUGGCAUUAGGUGGAAAAACUGGUCGAGCUAAUUUUAUUGAGCCGCUACAAUUAUGGAAUAAGGCUACAGGAGAAUUGGCAGAUUUUACUACACAUUUCUCCUUUGUUAUUGAUUCAAAUGGUAACAAUAGCUUUGCUGAUGGACUUGCAUUUUUCUUAGCUCCUGUUGGUUCCAGUAUCCCAAUUGGUUCAGCAGGUAACGGCCUUGGUCUUGCCAAGGCCGAGUUAGAAGGCAGCUCAUCCCCUGAGCCAUUUGUUGCUAUUGAGUUCGAUACAUUUCUCAAUACCUGGGACCCACCCUAUUUACAUGUUGGUAUCAAUGUAAAUUCUAUGGAGUCUGCUGUUACUCAAGUAUGGAGGAAUAACAUUACACUGGGGAAGAAAAAUGAUGCUUGGAUUAGUUACAAUUCUAGUUCCCACAGUCUUGAAGUUAUUUUCACUGGAUUUACAAAUAAUAAAUAUUACAAGGACAAGCUUAGUUUAUUGAUUGAUCUGAGGAAUUAUUUGCCUGAGAAUGUUACUUUUGGCUUCUCAGCAUCAACUGGACAAUUGUUUCAGAAAAACAAUGUCAAGUCUUGGGAUUUCAAUUCAAGUUUGAGUUUUGAUCCUAACAAAGUUCCAGAACAUGCUGAACAGCCUAGUGCAAAUCCUCCUAUUACUCAAGUUCAAGAUUCAAAGGCUCCUCCUUCUAAUCAAGAAAUCAGUACCAGAAAAAAAGGAAAUAAGGGACUAGUCGUUGGAUCAAGUAUAGGUUUACCUAUUCUGGUUUUCGGAUUGAUUGCUGCCAGCUGCUUUUUAUUGAAGAAAAAGAGGAAAAGGAAUGAUAAAGACCAUGUCUUUACUGAUCUGAGUAUGGACAAUGAAUUUCAAAAGGGUACUGGCCCUAAGAAGUUUUCAUAUGGUGAAUUAGCUCGUGCAACGAACAACUUUGCUGAGGGACAGAAGCUUGGAGAAGGUGGAUUUGGUGAAGUUUAUGAAGGUUUACUGAAGGAAUGUAAAUCACAUGUUGCUGUUAAGAGAGUAUCAAACGGUUCUAAACAAGGGAUAAAGGAGUAUGCAUCAGAAGUGAAGAUCAUCAGUCGAUUAAGACACAGAAAUUUGGUUCAACUUAUUGGUUGGUGUCACGAGAAAGGGCAGCUGCAUCUUGUUUAUGAAUUGAUGCCUAAUGGAAGCUUAGAUAAGCAUCUUUUCAAGGAGAAGUCAUUGUUGGUAUGGGAAAUCAGGUGGAAAAUUGUUCAAGGAUUGGCCUCGGCGUUGCUAUAUUUACACGAAGAGUGGGAACAAUGUGUAGUCCAUAGGGACGUAAAAGCAAGUAACGUCAUGUUGGAUUCAAACUUCAAUGCAAAAUUAGGCGAUUUUGGUUUGGCUAGACUUGUCGAUCAUGAAAAAGGAUCUCAAACAACAAUGUUGGCGGGGACAGUGGGGUAUAUGGCGCCUGAAUGUGUUAUGAAUGGAAAAGCUAGUAAGGAAUCAGAUGUCUACAGUUUUGGAAUAGUAGCAUUGGAAAUAGCAAGUGGAAGAAGAUCAAUAGAUAUCAAAGCAGCAGAAGAUCAAGUGAGAUUGGUAGAAUGGGUGUGGAAUCUCUAUGGAAUGGGAAAGCUAGUUGAAGCAGCUGAUCCAAGAUUGAAUAAGAUAUUUAAUGAGCAACAAAUGGAACGUUUAAUGGUUGUCGGUCUCUGGUGUGCUCAUCCGGACAACAAACUCAGGCCAUCGAUUAGGCAAGCAAUUCAUGUUCUUAAUUCUGAAGUUCAGUUACCUAUUCUUCCCUCAAGAAUGCCAGUUGCGACGUAUUCUCCCCCUCCAUUGAAUAUGUUUUCGCCUCCAUUUUCACAUACUUAUGAAACUAAAACAGUGGGGAGUGAGCAGGAACAGACUAUGACUUACACUUAUAACAGUACUAAAUCCUCAAGUGUUUAUACAUCAUCAGCUGCUUCGUCGACAAAAUCCCUUUUGUAA